GAAGCUUUUCAAUUCCUAUCAAAGCAACGUAGACUUGAUCAACAGGAGUUGGAGGAAGUCAAAACGAUAUUAAGCACAAGGCCAAACAAGAAAAUCCUUCAAGACCAUAUCCGCCAAAAGACUGGAAAGUUGGUGACACUUAGAGAUAUUGCAAAUCAAGAUGUAAAAAUAAAAUCUACUGGAACCAACUUAGAAGAGAUUUUUGGUGACAUAUCAGGGACAGGUAACAAUAUCAAAUCAUCAGUAAAACUGCAAAGCGAUCAAGCCUGGGAAAUAAUCAGAGCUGUCGCUAGGUGACACUCCCUGAAAAUUAUUUGUGAAAAUGAAGGAUUUUGUUGGUAAAUAGAGAAUUGUAAAUGGAAAAUUUCUGGUAGGUAGUUAAUGAAAUGAAGGUUAAUUUAUCGUGACCUGCAAAAUUCCACCCCAAAAAAUACAAAUGUACAUAGCAUUGUGCAUUUAAGGGUCUUUUCUUUGGGAGGGGGGAGGUGUUGGUAACUGAAAAUUUUGUAGACAAUUGGGGGGGAGGGGGGGGUCACCAACACCCCCUAACCAUGUCUCUUAACAACGGCCAUGGAAAUAGCGACCUGCCUGUCAAAAAGAAUUUGUGUACAAUAAGAUAGUGAAUAAUAAAAAUAGCAUAAUGAUGCCUGUAAAAGUAAAUUACUUGUAAAUGACUGCAGGGAUAUUGGAAGCACUAGCCUGCGUAGCCAGGGCCGCCGAGAGGGGGGGGGGCAGGGGGGCAAAUUGCCCCGGGCCCCGAGGUGCUGGGGGCCCCUGAUAAUUUUUUGUUGGGCCCCAGUCUUUUUUGUGUGUUAAAUAUUUGCGCGCGCAAAGGACAAGAUAUCUGUUUUAUUUGGCUAAGUACCAAAUAAGGCAUAGAAAAAUGAGAUAAAGUCCCUGGAAAGUAUCUGCAACGUACGCAUCCCCGGGCACCCGCCAACCUCUCUGUGGCCCUGUGCGUAGCAGGCGGUAGAAGCUAGAAAUACCGCCUGGCCAACAACUACACAUUCUGAGUUCUGCCCACCGAACGCAUGGUCCCGCCCAUCUUAAUGUAUUUAUUUUAAUUAUUUGUCAAACUCACAAAUAUACGGCUUUGACAUUUCAUAUCUUCGGUUCAUUCAAUGCUAUUAAGACAAAAAUACCACGUUGGAUUCACGGUAACAAUAUGUCCUCAUUCAUAGCAAUAGUUUUAGUCGAUGUCAACAUUAUAGCGAUUUAUGAGCUUUGAAAGUCAAGCGAGUUCGUGUAUUAUCAAAUUACGCAAUUGUCUGAACAAUAAUAUAGACUAGCCAUACCUUUCGCCGAACAUAACUUCGGCCCCUUUGCACGUAACUUUGUAAUAGUCUUGUUCCAACAUAGUCACUUCAAAAACACUACUUAGAGUGUCAUUUACGAGCCUGUAUUUUCAAAUCUGCACUUUUAUCACGGUAUCACAUCUAACAAGCCGAGACAUACGGAGCCCCUGACAUACUACGGAGCCCCUGACGGCUCAUGUUACAACAAAUUUUAUUGCCAGUUAAAUUGUGACCUAGGUUGACAAUUGACAGUUAAGUUGUCAUUUAAGUUGCUAUUUAAGUUGACAAUUGCAAGUUAAGUUGACAGUUAGCUUGACAGUUAAGUUGCCAGUUAAGUUGAUAAUUGCAAGUUAAGUUGACAGUUAACUUGCAAGUUAAGUUGCCAGUUAAGUUGACAAUUGCCAGUUAAGUUGACAGUUAGGUUGCCAGUUAAGUUGACAAUUGCCAGUUAAGUUGACAAUUGCCAGUUAAGUUGACAGUUAGGUUGACAGUUAAGUUGACAAUUGCCAGUUAAGUUGACAAUUGCCAGUUAAGUUGACAGUUAGGUUGACAGUUAAGUUGGCUGUUAAGUUGACGGUUAAAAUGUCAAUUGACACUUAAUAAGUGACACUUAAAUUGAUACUGUAGUCUUAGAAUCUAGUGCGACAGUUGUAAAAAUAGGUACGCGAUGCGUACAUGUAUCUGCGAAAAAACUUGAUUCACAUUUUGUAUUUUCUUGAAAGAAACUGAAUAAUGAAGAUGACAUGGGACAAUUGAAAUAUUUCAUCACUUAUUAUAAUAGCAGAUAUAAUAGCAGAUAAGAUUUAAAACAGGGCUGUGCACAGCGGGGAGUGCAUCAGGGCAAGUGCUAACCCCCCACCCCCACCCCCGCACCGAGAAAAUUUAACUAACUUUAUAAUGUGAUUAUGAUUGUAACAGAUAAUUAUGCAGUCAGGAAAUAAAAAUUUCAUGCAAACAAUAUUCAAAGUGGCUAUACAGCCGGCUAUUUGGCCUAUAUUCAAUCCAUACUCAUCAAAUUUUCAAAACUUUAUUGUAAUCAUAUGAAGCAAAAGUUAUGUCACUUGUUGUUUACACUUGCCAUGUUAACUGUUGAGUAACAUACACAAAAUAUUUGGUGAACAUCUCGAAGACCACUGAAUAAUUGAGAAUGUUUUGAAGGUCAUGAGUGAAGUAUAUAAUUAAAUUCCAGUUCUGUGCACAGUUAAUGAUAUACCACACUGUUCGGUUUAACACGUACCGCACAUUCACACAAAAACAAUUGUGUUGUGGGGAUUAUCGGCUUGAGUAGAAGGUAUCACAAGUUUAGUUUUGUAAAUUGUGUGCCACUGAUCAAAUCCACCAUAUAAUAUAUGAUUACUCAUUGUAGCUGUUAAGUUAUUUUCCAUACUAAUGAAUUUAGGUAAGAUUGUCUUGCAAGUUGGUUGUUCUGACAAAAUUAUCCAGCCAAUAUCCAGUACAUUUAUUCUUCAUUAUUGUAUUAAUCUCUAAAGAAAAAUAUUUAUGUUAGAAAGCAAAAUGACAAUGUAAUGAGGCUCGGGAGGGUGAGGAUUCUUUUAUUUGAAAAUGUUUGUAAAAAUUUUGUUUAAUUAACUCUAAUGUGUAAAACCAAAAUGUAUAAGUAUUUUAACUGAUAACAUCUUCAACCUUUGCUCCAACACUACAUUUGAUGGCAGCUUUAUAGUUGGACUGUUGUUUUGAACAGACUUACGGAGUCAAUAUACAGAAAUACAGGACCAGGAUUUAAUUCAAUAUCUCCUGAGAAUGUUUUCACUGUUUAAAAUAUUACAGAAUUCACAGAAGGAUUGUUUUUAAUACUGUAUAAAUCUUUUUGUGAACUAUGUUGACAAAUGGCUUAAAAAUAUCCUCGAAAAUAUCCAAUAUUUUAUACGGUGUAAUAUAUUAAUAAAAAUAUUCCAGAGUGCAUUCCAUGUAAACUCUAUGCCGAAGAUACGGCAAUAUUAACUAUAGAUAGUAUAGUAAAUAUUUGCCGAACUGGCGAACUCAUGUAUUAUAAAAUAUGUGGAACAUAUAUUUGCACAAAUUUGGUAUUUAAAUAUAUAAUAUGUGGUAUUUGACUACUUACCAGAUGAGGAUAAGAUUCCAUGUUGAUAAAUAACUUCUGGCGAAUGGCGAGAAAACAAGACAAGCCAAUUCAAGAUAAAUUGAUAAAAAUAUCAAGAUAUUUUUGAAAGAAUAUAAACACGAUUUAUACGCAAGCCCUGACAAGGCUAAAGUAUGCCCAUUCGCAGGUUAGAUCAGCGAGCACGACGUAAACAAUUGAUGUAACCUGAUCGCUGAUUGGCUUAAAUUCCUUAAAUUAUAUAAGCUCGUCAUUGAAUGGCUAUGUGUUAACAUACUGUACGGUAACAGUACGUUUGCGAUAGCAAUAUAUCUGCUUCACAGAUACAAAAAUGCUCUUGUGUGCUCUCUGGCUCGUUGUUAUCUGUUUACCUUUACCUCUGAAGGCUGUUUUACCGUCCUAUCUGCCAGCUUUAGAAAUCAACAAUGGUUUUCGCGAUGAUUUGAUCGAACAGUAUUUCAAACUGGGUUUUAGCAGAUAUGAAAUUUUGGCUUGUUUGUUGGUCUCCCAUGGCAUCAAGAUCAGUUUAAGUCAGUUAAAGAGAAUACUUACAAGAAGAGGUCUUUGGCGAAGGGGUAGACAAAGUCCUUUAGAGGAUGUUAUUAGUGGUAUAGAACAUGAGUUAAAAGGUAAUGGAAUCGGAAUUGGGUACAGGUCAAUGUGGCAAAGGUUACGUGAAGAUCAUGAACUCGUUGUCUCUCGGGAGACUGUUCGCUGUGCUCUUAAAGUAAUUGACCCCAGACGUGUGAAGGCACGGCAGAAACAUCGACUAGAGAGAAUAGAGUAUAGUGUACCGGGUCCAAAUUUCAUUUGGCACAUGGACGGAUACGAUAAACUUAAACCCUAUGGAGUUUGCAUACACGGUUGCAUCGAUGGCUACAGUAGGCACAUAAUGUGGCUGGAAGUUGCAGCUACGAAUAAAAACCCUCGCUUGAUCGUUAAAUAUUUCAUAGAUUGUAUCCGUCAAGUUGGAGGACUCCCUAGGGUUGUGCGUGCAGAUUGCGGGACAAAGAAUGUUCGUGUCGCUGCAGCACAACGAUUUUUGCGACGUGAUUGCGCUGACGGCUUAGCAGGACACAAGUCCUUUAUGUACGGGAAAUCGACUUCCAACCAACGCAUUAAGGCCUGGUGGGGUCAGUUACGAAAGAAUUGUGCGCAGUGGUGGAUGGAUCAUUUCAAAACACUGAAAACAAGUGGUCUCUUUUGUGAUGCCAAUAUCAUACACCAAGAGUGUUUGAAGUUUUGUUAUAUCCCCGUUAUCAGGCAAGAGCUAAAUCGUGCAGCAAGGUUAUGGAACACACAUCGUAUACGUCCGUGAAGAAACCAAGAAGUUCCCGCUGGUCGACCUGAGGUUUUGUUUGUGUUACCCGAAAUGGAAGACCACAGAGACUUGAAAGUCAAUGUGAAUCUAGAUGAACUUGAUAUGGCUGUGGAACUUUGUUGCAGUGAAGGGCCUGAACUUGACUGUUCAGUGGAAUUUCUCCAGCUGGCACAGAUUAUUAUGACGGAGCAAAUUAUUGAUAUGCCUGUUCCUCCAGAAGAUGCAAGAAACCUGUACUUGUUUUUGGUGAAUGUAAUUGAAAACAUACUGUAA